AUGGCGCGUGGCCGGAGCGUGGAUCCUCUUUUGAUGCCGGUGCCUUCACAAAAGUUGGAGAUCUCCUCCAGGCGAAAUAGGAAAUAUAUCAAGGAGUUGGAGAAUGAGAGGGGCUUAGUGCUGAAGAAUGCCGAGAGUAUCACAGAGGAGAUCUUACAUUACUUUGAGAAGCUUUACACAAAUCCGACAGGAGAGUCUUGGGGUGUUGAAGGAUUAGAUUGGUCCCCUAUUUCGGAAGAGAGCGCGUUAAGGUUAGACUUCCCUUUCACCGAAGAAGAGAUUUCUAAGGCCAUUUUUCAGUUGGAUAGGGACAAGGCUCCGGGGCCAGAUGGCUUUACUAUUGCCGUAUUCCAAGAGUGUUGGGAUGUGAUUAAGGAGGAUUUGGUGAGAGUGGAGGAAGAGUUGCAGACUCUGAAGAGUCUUUUGCUAGUGUUUGGGCACAUUUCUGGGCUCAAGGUCAAUCUUAACAAGAGUAGUAUUUAUGGCAUCAAUCUUGAUCAGGUUCAUCUUUCAAGAUUGGCUGAGAUGCUUGAUUGUAAGGCGUCUGGUUGGCCUAUUCUCUAUCUGGGUCUCCCUUUGGGCGGGAAUCCUAAGGUGUGUGGAUUUUGGGACCCAGUGGUUGAGAGAAUCUCAAAUAUUUCGAUAACAUUUGUCUUCCAUGAAUUUGCAGAGUUUCUUGGAAUAGGCCCUAGACCAAACACUUUCAGUUCUUCAGAGUUAGAAACUGCAACAGAAGACUUCAAUCUUGCAAAUAAGCUAGGGGAGGGUGCAUUUUGGCCUGUGUACAAGGGCGCUCUUAAUGAUGGGAGGGUAGUAGCUGUAAAGCAACUUUCAGUAGCAUCUCAACAAGGGAAGAGUCAAUUUGUGGCAGCGAUUGCUGCCAUAUCUGCAGUGCAGCACCGCAACCUUGUGAAGUUGUAUGGGUGCUGUAUUGAAGGAAAUAGAUGGCUCCUUGUUUAUGAACAUCUUGAAAACAAGAGCUUAGAUCAGGCUCUCUUUGGCAAAAAUGAUUUGUAUCUUGAUUGGUCAAUCCGCUUCAAUACAUGCUUAGGAACAGCUAGAGGGUUGGCUUAUCUUCAUGAAGACUCAAGGCCAAGGACUGUACACAGGGAUGUUAAGGCUAGUAGCAUUCUCCUUGAUGCAAAGCUCUGCCCAAAAAUAUCAGAUUUUGGACUGGCAAAGCUGUAUGAUGACAAGAAAACACACAUCAGCGGCCGAGUUGCAGGCACAAUUGGCUACCUAGCACCAGCGUAUGCAAUGCGAGGGCAUCUGACAGAAAAAGCUGAUGCCUUUGGAUUCGGUGUUGUUGCUCUAGAGAUCCUCAGUGGGAGGCCAAACUCUGAUAACAGCUUGGAUACUGAAAAAAUAUAUCUUCUGGAAUGGGCAUGGACUCUACAUGAAAAUAACCGAAGCUUGGAGCUGGAUCCAACAUUGACAGCAUUUGAUGAAACCGAAGCCAGUCAAAUCAUAGGAGUGGCUCUCUUGUGCACCCAGGCAUCACCAAUGCUGCGGCCAACAAUGUCACGUAUUGCAGCAAUGCUUGCAGGAGGCAUUGAUGUAGGCAUAGUUACAGCAAAACCCAGUUACUUAACAGAUUGAGAUUUCAAAGACAUAACAAACAGAUUUUUGAACGAAGAUAGUGAGGCAUCCAUAUCAUCUAAGAGCCAGAAGCAUGAUAAUACAACUGAUCAGAUUCCUUCCCCUGUUAAUCCCAAUGAAUCAAUGCUCCAUGAGAUCACUGGAGAAGGAAGGUGAUUUGGUUCCGCCACUGCGGUAACAUUGUACCACUGUCAUUGCAGCUCCAUUAAUCUUCUUAUAAGGUUCCUUUCUUCUAUCAGUACUUGGUACUUCUUGUUUUGCAGACAGUGACAUGUACAUAGAGUG